AUAAUUUCCUACUGUAGAUAUUUAUCUAAAAUUAUAAGUUGUCUUUUUUUCAAAAUGUGACAUUUGCCUGACAGUAAAACUGGCUCUUUAGAUUACAGUAGAUUUUUAUUUUUUAUUUCUUUAAUAUUAAGGUUGAUAACCUUCCCACAUGCUAAGUAAUCUAGCAUACACCUUAGUUAUCAUGUAGCAUCUAGCAUAGUUAUUUUGUUGGAUUAGCAUUUAGCUUUGACAGCUUUUGCUUGUAACAAAUUCAUCAUGCUUAAUAUUUCAUUAAUAAUAUCAUGGUGAGUUAGCAUGUCCAAAGUUAUAUCUCCUCGAUAGCAUGUAGCAUGAAGAGCUAGCAUAAUUUGCCUAGUCACUAUGUGGUAAAGUUAGCUUACUUAAUUAGCAUUUAGCAUACAUAGCAUUCUUCUUUGUGACAGAAUAAGGUCACUAUGCCUGCUUUGCAUGUGCUAUGGUGUACGGUGCUGAGUUAGCAUGUCAAAGUUAUGUUAGCAUAAAAAACAUGCUUAAUUAGCAUGUAGUAGAUUUAUAACACUUAAGCAUUUAGCUAGGUUAUCAGGGUUAGUCAACAUAGCUAGCUGGAAAACUACAGAGCUGAAUAUGAACGUUUGACCUUGAAUUAUCUGAGCACAGUGGAUCCGUUUAUUUAGGGAAAUCAAAUUAUUUCUGUUGAAUUUGAUUUUAUGGUGCACCUUUUCCUGUUGGACUAAAAAUAACAUCUUUUUGCUCUGAUUCAUAUUUCUAUGAAAUAUUAAAGUGAACUGUGGUGAUGUCAUUUAGAGCUGACACAGAGAGGACUUUGAACCGGGCAUUUACAGCUCUGCUUGAACUUUGACCUUUCAUGUCAAAAUGACUCGAUACGUUCGUUCGUUCCAGGAUAAAAACUGUUCAGUCAGAUUUCAUUCUUCGUUAAACUCAGCAGCUUCCUGUAGCAUCAGAUCAGUGCUGAGUUAGUUUCUCGUUCAUUAGAAAAGAGAAACGUCUCGACCAGUGAGACUUUAUUUACAGGAAAUUAAACAUUACUGGUUUUUAUGGUGCCGCGCCUGAAGAGCAGAACAGAAAGAUCCAGAAAGCCACAGAAUCCGGACAACGGCUGCAGGAUGAGCGCCUUUCGGACUCCGUCACAGCUGGAACCUGACCUGGAAUCCCACCUGGAGUCUCUGGAGUGCCACUUCACGUGGGAUCUGGACCUCAGCAGGUCCAAGCUGCUGUGUCUCCGGGAUGCGCUGGAGGACAUCGGUCCAGAGUUGGGCUACUGCUGGCUGGGCCACAUCUACAACCUGCAGGGCUUCGUCCACCAUCAGCUGGGCCUCCUGGAAGACGCUCGGCGUUUCCUCUGCAGGGCGGCUGAGACUUUCCGCCAGCUGAGGAACACCGUCUCAGACGAAGGCCCCUGGUUGGUGGUGAACUACGGGAACAUGGCCUGGCUGCACCACCGGCUAGGGGAGUGGGCGCGUAGCGGAGAGUACUUAUCGAAGGUUGGAGCUCUGAUGACGGAGUACCCGUCUCCGUCUGCAGACGAUCCGCACCCGGAGAUCUGCGCCGAGAAAGCCUGGACUCUGAUGAAGUUCAAUCAGAAGCUGCUGGCUGUAGAUUAUUUCCAGAAAGCCAUCAGGAUGCAACCAGACAUGGUGGAGUGGCACACCAGCCGGGUGCUAGCGUUGGUCGAAGCCUCAAAAAAACAAAACCUGGACUCUGACAUCCUGGAGAAGGUGAAGAUCGCCAAACAGCACGACCCGGAGAACUUGUACCUCGUUGCUCUCUACCUGGAAGCCCAAGCUCAGAAAGGAGCAAGGAUUCACGAUGAAGCACAAAAACUGGCGAGGAAAGUGCUAGCAAAGCCGGUUAGCAGUUACAGCGGCGUGACACCGUUGCUAAGGCUCUACCGGACCCACGUCUCCAUGGACGAAGCUGUUGAUUUAGCAGAAGAGACUCUGGAGAGACAACCCAACUCGCGAUACAUCAAGAAAUGUGCCGCAAUCUGCUACAAAAGGAAAGUCUUUUCCCAAAGUAACAAGCACCUGGAUCGCAGCCUAAUGGACAGAGCAAUCAGUCUUCACAAACAAACCAUCGCUCUCUACCCUCACUCCUCCCUUAAGAUGCAGAUAUCUUUGGCAAACAUGUAUGUGAAAUCAAACCAGCGAGUUGAAGCCGAAGAUGCGUUCAAGGAGCUGCUGAGAAGAAACUUGGAUCCCGAAGAGGAGCAGAUGGUUUGCAGCUUCUAUGCUAAAUAUCUGCAGUACAGCCAGAAGGAGAGGAAGAAGUCUGUCCGGUUCUACAUGAGGGCAGCAGCGAUUCCUCACCACAGCUUCUACCGGGACGACAGCAUCAGGCGGCUGGAGAGGAUGAGCGAAGAGAAACGGCAGCCGAUGAGCGGAGACAUAGAAGACUUCCUGGUUCAUUUGUCCAUCUGAAAGCCUGAAGUAGUGAGAGAUUCUGCCAUUUUAUAACAUAGUCAAGUAACAAUGUAACCUUCAAAUGUCAUAAAAAUGUUACAUAUAUAAAAGAUGACUUUAAAGAAAUUUUAUUUCAUAAUGUAACACCUUAAAAUUGGGCCUCUGUCUCUUU